UUUAGAGAAGAUCUGGUGUAGAAUAUGUCUGGCCCUGUUCCAAGCCGCUCUCGAGUUUACCCUGAUGUAAACACACAGAGACCUCGGGAAUACUGGGACUAUGAGUCCCAUGUUGUUGAAUGGGGGAACCAAGACGACUAUCAGCUUGUCAGAAAACUAGGGAGAGGCAACUAUAGUGAAGUGUUUGAAGCCAUAAACAUCACAAACAAUGAAACAGUGGUCGUCAAAAUACUGAAGCCGGUCAAGAAAAAGAAAAUCAAGAGGGAAAUAAAGAUCCUGGAGAAUCUGAGGGGUGGCCCAAAUAUCAUCUCACUGUUAGAUAUCGUCAAAGAUCCCGUGACACGAACGCCUGCUCUUGUCUUUGAACAUGUGAACAACACAGACUUCAAGAAAUUGUACCAAACCCUAUCUGACUUCGAAAUACGGUAUUACAUGUAUGAAAUCCUAAAGGCCCUGGAUUACUGCCACAGUAUGGGGAUAAUGCAUAGAGAUGUCAAGCCACAUAAUGUAAUGAUCGAUCACGAACACAGAAAGCUCCGUCUAAUCGAUUGGGGUCUGGCAGAAUUCUACCACCCAAACCAAGAAUACAACCUGAGAGUGGCCUCCGGGUUUUUCAAAGGACCUGAACUGCUGGUGGAUUACCAGAUGUAUGACUACAGUUUAGACAUGUGGAGUUUGGGUUGCAUGCUCGCCAGCAUGAUCUUCAGGAAGGAGCCUUUCUUUCACGGUCAUGACAACUACGAUCAGCUGUUGCGGAUAGCAAAGGUUCUGGGCACAGAGGCCCUGUACGACUACAUCGACAAGUACAACAUUGAACUGGAUCCAUGGUUCAUUGACUUUCUGGGACGACACUCCCGUAAAAGCUGGGAGAUGUUUGUGCACAGUGAGAACCAGCACCUGGUCAGCACAGAGGCUUUAGACGUCCUGGACAAACUGCUGCGCUACGACCACCAAGCCCGGCUCACGGCCAGAGAGGCCAUGGAUCAUCCCUACUUCUAUCCUAUCGUUAAAGAUCAGGGAACAGGGGCCACUCCAGGAGGGAUGGCUGCAAGCUCCACACCAGUCACCUCUUCAAGCAUGGAGUGGUAUUCCUCUCUGGAAUGAGCCGCCCUUAGGAGCAGGAAUAAUCAAG